GGCCGGGCAAGGCUGCAUCGAGCCCUCUUCUUUACCGGGCUCGGAAUUGUCGCUGGCAGCUUGAACUGCGUGGAAUGGAGCCUCCUGCCACCAGUGACCGAGGAGAUGGUUGCGCAGGCUGAGCAGCUGAAGGGCCGCUUCCAGGGGGAUCCCUCUUUUGAGUACGAGUACACUGAGAUAAACGCAGAGGAUGCUGAAAGAUUGUUUGAAGAUGGUAAGGAGCCCAUGAUCAAGGAGGAGGCCCGCCUCGUAGCUACGAUAGAACAGAUAGACAGAGCAGUUGGCAUCGUCCCCCGGGGGGCAUUUGUGAAGACUCCUCUUGGGUCUGUGCAUGAAAACAGAAACUUUGAAGGUCUUUCUUUGAUGGAGGCAAAAAAGUUAAGUUCCUAUUUCCAUUUUACUGAGCCUGUUAACCUGAAGAAUAAAACCCUGCUGGAAAAGGCUGACCUGGACCCAUCCACUGACUUUCUAGACUCUCUGGAACAUGAUAUCCCACAAGGCUCCUGGACGGUCCAGCCAGAGAAGGGAGGCACAGUAGUGGUGCUGCGGAGCCUGCUGUGGCUGGGACUGACGUUCUACCAUGUCCCAAUGACCAAGCAAUAUGGCUACGUCUACUUUGGCACCGGCGAGAAGAACUUCGAUCUGCCCUUCAUGCUGUGACUCUCCUGUCUGGGACAAGAACUUGAAAACAUUUAGAUUUUAUACUUAGGAGAUUUGUGUUUACUGCUUGUUCUAAUAAAUGUGUGAAACCUC